GUGUGGUAUCAUUUUAUUAACUGUUAUAUUAAUGCUUAUAUGUGUAAUGCCUGGUUAAAAACAUUAAUGUUUAUGUUCAAGGGACCCCUGAAGAUGGAGCCCUGGACCAGCUAUAUCCAGAUAUAAAAUCAAAAUGCCUACAAUUGUGUAUAAAGUCCACUACAUAGGGUAUGAAGCAAUGGCUCAUGCACCCUAUGUGGGGCGCUGUUCCCCUCAACAGGAAGCAAUUUGAGAUGAGACCCAGGAAUAUCCACAGAAGCAGCAGGAGGCCACGACGUGCAGAACGCGAGCGAGCGCGGGCACGAUGUGCGGCUCGUGAACGCGCACAGGGAAAUCCGCUAUAUUAUUAGCGCGACUCUGGAGCGGAAUUAGUGUGCGCUAAAGAAACUGUACAUCCCCGGGAAUUCAUGAAUAUCCAUCAAAGUUUUUCUAACGUGGCCAUGGAUCAACUAGGAAGAGGAGUGUAAUCAGAGAAGGAUCUUCCGAGAACUUCAUAAAGGUUGCUUUCUUUUGCUUAUAGACAUUAUUCCAGAGAAAGGGAGAUGAUCCGGGAGUUGUAUGAUACGUGUGAUAUGUAACGGCACCAGGUUUUGUGCUUGAAAUCAAUGGGACGCUGUUCAUACACUUCUUCUCCCAGUCAUCUACAUAUCCACAACAUGUAAGUCCUAAUGCCCAUAAUUGUGGGUAACAAUAACUGGACAAUAAUGCAGUAAGGAGUUGUGGGAUCUCAGACCGAAUCUCAUCUGUUCUACUUAACACUUCGGACAAACCAUGUCGUCUUUUUUUAAUUUUCGGAAAAUCUUCAAACUUGGACCUGAGAGAAGGAAGAAGCAGUAUGAACAUGUCCACAGGGACCUGAACCCGGAGGACAGCUGGGACAUAAUCGGAGAUUUAGGAGACGGAGCUUUUGGGAAGGUGUAUAAGGCUCAGAACAAACAGUCAGGCAUUUUGGCUGCAGCAAAGGUGAUUGACACUAAGACGGAAGAAGAGCUGGAGGAUUACAUGGUGGAGAUUGACAUACUGGCAUCUUGCAACCAUGACAACAUUGUCAAGCUUUUGGAUGCCUUCUAUUAUGAGAACAAACUCUGGAUUCUGAUUGAGUUUUGUGCCGGAGGUGCUGUGGACGCAGUGAUGCUGGAGUUGGAGAGGCCGCUGACUGAGCCGCAGAUCAGGGUAAUAUGCAAGCAGACUCUAGAUGCGCUGCUCUACCUUCAUGAGAACAAAGUCAUCCACCGAGACCUGAAGGCUGGAAACAUCCUGCUCAUGCUUGAUGGUCAAGUCAAACUUGCGGAUUUUGGGGUUUCAGCCAAAAACACUAAAACACUCCAGAGACGAGACUCCUUCAUUGGAACCCCAUACUGGAUGGCGCCAGAGGUGGUGAUGUGUGAGACUUCAAAGGACCGGCCAUAUGACUACAAGGCAGAUAUCUGGUCCCUCGGUGUUACCCUGAUUGAGAUGGCUCAGAUUGAGCCGCCGAAUCAUGAGAUGAACCCCAUGAGAGUGCUGUUGAAAAUCGCCAAGGCCGACCCGCCCACACUUAUGCAGCCUUCCAAGUGGUCUCCAGAGUUCAGUGACUUUCUAAGACGCGCUCUGGAUAAGAAUCUAGAUAACCGAUGGACUGCAGCACAACUCCUCCAGCACCCAUUUGUGAGCAGCGUUACUGAUAACAAACCACUACGAGAACUUAUCGCAGAAGCCAAAGCUGAAGUCACGGAGGAGAUCGAGGAGUCAAAGGAGGACGAGGAGGAGGAGGAUAAUGAGGGACAGCUGCUGUUACCUGGACACAAACGUGCUUCAUCUGACAUCAGUAUUGGAAGCUCUGAGGAUGAGAAACUUUCUCAGUCUCCUUCUAUCUUGGAAGCAGUUCCGGAAAAAAAUGAGGAGUUUGGUGUUCCCAAGAGCUCCCAUAUAAAUCUUAAGAAUGACCAGACAGUCGAUCCUGACAUUUCUACACUGGAGCUGAACCACAUCUCAAACUUACCAGAACCAUCCACUAAGGAAUUAGUUUCCAAUGUGAAACCUCAUGAACAAGAAAAUCAGAAGAAUGUGGUAGGAAUCAAACCAGAAGUACCUUCAUCUCCUGUAAAUAUACUGGGGUCACUUGGGGAAAUGAAAAAUGUUAAUAAUAUGGUGGACAAAGCUGUUGAUAAUGUGCCUAUAAUCCAGCUCGCACCAGAGAAUUCCAUUAAACAGGUUGAAGGACCUUAUGCAGAGCCCCAGGAGAAAACUAUAACUCCGACUUCUCCUGUAAAAGAAGAAGAUGAGAAAUCUUCUCCAGAGACUGAGAGUCCUGUGAAGCCCAGAUUUCAAAAGAAAGUGUCGGGCAGUGGGUCAGCAGCAGAUAAAAGCAACAUCGACCUCAAUUUGUCCAUCUCGAGCUUCAUAAGCAAAUCGAAAGAGGCAGAAUCAGCUUCUGUACAGGAAAAGAAGCGGCAGAAGAAAACCCUGAAAAAAACUCGCAAGUUUAUCGUGGACGGCGUCGAAGUUAGCGUGACGACGUCCAAGAUUGUGACGGAUAAUGACACUAUAAACGAGGAGAUGAGAUUCCUAAGACGUCAAGAGCUAAGAGAGCUGAGGCUGUUGCAGAAAGAGGAGCAGAGAGCCCAACAGCAGCUCAGCAACAAACUACAGCAGCAGAGGGAGCAGAUCUCAAAACGUUUCGAGCAUGAGACCAUGACCAAAAAGCGUCAGUACGACACAGAGGUGGAGAGCAUGGAGCGGCAGCAGAAGCAUACUAUCGAGCGACUUGAGCAAGAGCACACCAGCCACCUCUGUGACGAGGCCAAGAGGAUCAAAGGAGAACAGGACAAGGAGCUGUCAAAGUUCCAGAACAUGUUGAAAAACCGCAAGAAAGAGGAGCAGGAGUUCUUACAGAAACAGCAGCAGGGACUGGAUGGCGCUUUGAAGAAGAUUAUUCAGCAGCAUAAGAGUGAGCUGACCACCGUGGAAAGAGAUUGCCUCAACCACAAACAGCAGCUGCUUCGAGCACGGGAGGCAGCAAUGUGGGAGCUAGAAGAGCGCCAUCUACUGGAGAAACACCAACUAUAUAAACAGCAACUUAAGGACCAGUAUUUUAUGCAGAGGCACCAGCUACUCAAAAGACAUGAGAAGGAAAUGGAGCAGAUGCACCGAUAUAAUCAGCGACUUGUGGAGGAAAUGAAGACAAAACAGACCCAGGAGAGGACCAGGCUUCCCAAGAUCCAGCGCAGUGAUGCCAAGACACGCAUGGCCAUGUUUAAAAAGAGUCUGCGUAUCUCCUCCCCUGGGCUCACCCCCGACCAGGAGCGGGAAAAGAUCAAACAGUUUGCAGCACAGGAGGAAAAGAGGCAGAAGAAUGAAAGACUCCAUCAGCAUCAGAAACAUGAGAACCAGAUGAGAGACUUGCAGUUGCAGUGUGAUGCCAAUGUGAGAGAGCUACAGCAGUUACAGAAUGAGAAGUGCCAUCUGCUCAUUGAACAUGAGACACAGAAGCUAAAGGAGCUGGAUGAGGAGCACAGCGCCGAGCUGAAGGACUGGAGAGAGAAACUGCGGCCCAGAAAAAAGACAUUAGAGGAAGAGUUUGCUCGGAAGCUUCAAGAGCAGGAAAUCUUCUUCAAGAUGACCGGAGAGUCCGAGUGCCUUAAUCCAUCCAACCAGAGCCGAAUUUCCAAGUUCUACCCUGUCCCCACUGUUCACUCCACCGGGUUUUAACACAAACAAACACACACACACACACACACACACACUACACAUUUUCCUACAGUAUUUAAACUCCCAUAUGUAUAUAUCACUCAAGUAGGUCUCAUUUUAAGGCAUUAAACAACUACAAACUACACAUUUUUAGUAAAUGCACCUACAUUUCCUGAUUUGGCUGCCAACUUUCUCUUGGUUGAGAUAAUUCAGGGUUAAAUGCAGGUCUUUCAAUAUAAAACAGGGUUUUGUGCCUACUAUUUCAGUGGGAAGACUGAUGUAUACAUACAUGGAGAUUCACAAUUUACUAAUCAGGCAGCUUCUGUAUGGUUUUUUUGUGUUUAGCUAAAACUCAUGCCAAGAAUAUUGUAUAAUAUUUAAAUUCUAGUUAGGGCUUUCAAUGUUUUUAUUUCCUAGAGAGAUUUGACUAAAAGAUCAAAUUUACCUAAAGAAACGCUUUCAUUUACACAACGUUUUUAAAGAACACAGCAAGUUGGUUAAAACAUGAAUUUCUACAACACAUUAACAUCUAACUUCAUCUUAUAAUGAAGGAUAUGACUUAUAUGAUACGAUUGUCCAAUUUCCAAAAUGCAGUGUUGAAAUGAAGGAACUAGCGUCGACAGCAGAUUUGAUUUGUCUGCCGCACAUGACUGCAAGUGUAGUUUUUUCUUUAGUUGUGUUUAAUUUUCUGUCUAUCCCAAGUGUUAUCUGUACUGUUUUCUACACAUUUCAGAUCAAAAUGACGCACAAUUAAAGCUAUUGUACCACUGUGGUAUGAAAAACACAUUUGAAGAAGAAUAUGCAAUAUGGAUUUUUUUGUUUGUUUGACAAUUUAACACUGGAAACAUCAGAACUUUUUUUUUUCUUAAAUGAGUGCAUAAUUUUUUUAACUCUUUGCUGUUAAUAGUCAGUUUAAAGGAUAUUUUUGUAGCUUACAUACAUUUUAAAUUUUUAUAAAUUUAAACGAGCUUCUUUUAUUAGCUUUAUCAUGAUGCUACCGAUGUCAUUUGGGAGUUAUACUUCAACAGAAACAGCUACGAUUCUGAAUUAAUUCAUUAUUUAGUUAUGAUUUCAGUUGAAGAGGGGAUUUUUUUUAAAAUACAAAAAAAAGCGAUAUUGAGAUAUAAGCAUCACUUUCGAACAGGGUUGAGUUUGUGCUUGUUUUCUGUAGCGAUUAAUAAACUAGCGUGAUGUGUGUUUUCUACAAACUUAUUUAGAGUUAUUAGCUAGAACAUCUAGAAAGUUGCCAACUAACUUACUAGGAUGGAUUAUUAUUUCAGGCAGGUAAAUAAAGAAACUUUGACCUGGAAGGAAAUCUAGGUUUGUUGUUAUCAUUCUCAGGCUGAUGUGAAAAGAUUUAAGUUAAAUAUUUUGGGAGCUUUUACAAUUUUACAAUCCUUAGACAUUAUUUUCUAAAAUGCUUUUACACAUUCUUUUGGAAGCACUCCUUGCCCGUAUAUAGAUUUUUAUUAUUAUUAAUACAGUCAUUUAAAUGAACUUUCCUUAGGGAUGACUGUUUCCCAUUUUAUGCAUCCAAAUCCUCCUGUCUCACUACGUUUCUUUUUAUCGAGAGCCUUUUCAUGUGUAAAAAUGUUUUGUAAUGUAUAAUGUAUUCAUGGGCUGCUAAUUAAAUCAUUUGUUGCGAA